GGGUGGAGGUGGGGUGCUGAUAAGGUCCAAACCCAAUAUUAGAGCUCAGCAGAAUCAAGUACUAUUUUAUGACCCAAUUGAGAAUUUAGUCCCUCACUGCCUCGCUGAAUGGAUGGGGAUGGUGGUUUUCAUUCCACAGUCUCUGUUGCGGAGAAAAAGCUGAGAUUGUUUGGUGUCGAAGUGGAUCCACAUGUCGAGGGUGGGAAGUAUCUAAGAGAGGCUGAAGCAGGCAGAAGUGUACACUCAAUGGGCACCAUUACGCGCUGCAGUGGGGAAAUUACUGCAAAAAGUUCAGUAGCUGAACCCAAGCGCAAGAAGUACAAAUGCCAAUUUUGUUCCAAGCAGUUUGCAAACUCACAGGCAUUGGGGGGCCACCAAAAUGCCCACAAGAAAGAGAGAAUGAAGAGGAAGAAAUUGCAGCCUCGAGCAAGGAAAGGCGGCUUGAAUUUUCCAGAGCAAUCUGUAGGGAGUUCCUCUGUUCCCAUCUACCAUCAGUAUCCUCCCAUGUUGCACAACUCCUCUUCCUGCAAACCUCACUUCACCCUCUACGGCGAGUCUUUGAUUAGUUUCAAAUCAUCUGAUCAAGACCAAAAGUUAAACCUUCACGGCUAUGAAACUACUGGUGGAGCUUCAGCUCAACCUGCAUGCUUCCAAUUAAUACAAGAAGGCAGCUUGAGGUCAAGCAGAGGAGGGUUCAGUAAGAACAGACCCAUGGUCAUCAAGCCUUCUCCGAUGAGAAGCUAUGAGCGUUUGGACGUCAUCUUGGGGCUUAUCAAGAAACAAGGUGGCAGCAGCUCCUUUGGAAGCGGGCAUUAGUAGAUGAUGUUAUGAUUCUAUAGGAAGUGUUUAGGAUUCAUUUGCAUCAUGGUAAAUGCUAAGGCAAACGUCUCGUCUCUGAUUUGAUAUUGAUUUUUCUGUUCAUUUCAAGCUUUGGCAGUGAUGUUUCAUUAUCUGAGCGAAAUGAAAUGGGGAUCAAUCUUCUUCAA